CGCCCAAAAUGGAUCAAGAAGCCUGUCUCGGCCCAUCGGACGAUUUCGAAGCGGAUGACGUGGAUAUGACGUCACCGGCAAUGUCAGCUGCACAAUAUCUCCGACAAAUGCAAGCAGAGCGUCGUGGGACUAAAAAUGUCGUGAGAAUUGCUCAAAAAUCGCCAGAUUCCACGUCACCAGAGGCCAAGAAGCAGAAGCAGUGGCUUGAAAGUGUCGGAUAUCAGGAAGUAAAGAAAAUUGAGACACCAUCACCAUUAAUCCCAUCGGAAGAGUGGCGACAGGAGAAAUGUCGGAAAUUCGAAGAAACUCGUGCAAAAAUGGCGCUGAAAAUCGAAAAAUUCUCGCCGAUGAGGAUUGACAGACUGAAUUCGCCAGAAGAAGAGGAAUGGCACGAAAUUCUGCUCGAAAAAUGUCUGCCGGAAUUUCAGGAUAUUGCUGGAAACUUUUUGAAUCACACUGGAACGCCGCCGGCCUUGCGGAUGGUCUUUUCGAUUCCAAAGAGACAUCUGAGCCAACUCAUCGAGUAUCUCGUCGAUUGGAGCAUUGAAGAAGGCCUAAAUCGUCCGAUUCGCGAAUGGAUUUAUUCACUUUUAGCGGUUAUUGAUCUACCAUUGGUUCAGGAUGUUGUCUCCGCGUUGAGAAGAUUGGUCAAAGAGUGCAGAAGCCUCCGCUCCGAGCUAUCGAUUGAUCGAAAAUCAGAAGCCAACGAGUUCUCACUGUUCAUCACAAUUAUCACGAUUUUCUUCGGGCAAAAAGAUUUGGCGGAUAUUUAAAUUAUUUGUUCUUUUUUUGUUUCUCGAAUUUUCCACACAUUCUUCACAUGAUCCUCCUCCUUCUCCGCGUUGUUUUUUUGUGUUUUGCGAUUUGUUGAAAAUAAAUCAACUUUUUUCGG